UCACUUCUUGAUUAGAUUACGUACGACCCACAUUAAACAAACUGUUUCAAACCAUCAUAAACGAUCAUGGAGGAACCCCAGAAAGUAAUCGACGUGAUGAACCUUCAUAUCACUCACAACCUGUCUCUCGGUUCAUUCAGCAGUUGCCGGAAUCAAUUCAGUCAAGUGCAAUCCAAUGAUCUUAUGAUCACUCAACAUGAACAACAACAACAAUGGCAGGAAACUAUCGAUCCUCUUAAGCUUGUUCUCGGCAAAGUUAUCGGUCGUGGAUCUUAUGGCGUGGUUUACAAGGGCUCAUACCAUGGCCAAACGGUCGCAGUGAAAGUUCUUGAUUUUGGAAAGGGUGUUACAACAACUUUAAAGGAGUGCAUGAAGAAUGAUUUCAGGGAAGAAGCUAGUUUAUGGCAAAAGCUUGACCACCCUAAUGUCACUAAUUAA